UGUAGGAAGCUUCCGUUUAUCUGCGAGGUCAGAGAAGGCAGGCUGCGCGUUACAGUGGUGCUGUUGAAAAACACGAUGAAAAUGGCGUGGCAACCACAGGAGGAAGGACUCAGGCAAAUUCUGACGCUGCUCAAGGAGUCUCAGAGCCCGGACACGGCGACUCAGCGGGCCGUACAACAAAAAUUGGAAGAAUUGAAUAAAUUCCCGGAUUUCAACAACUACCUGAUUUUUGUUCUAACAAAAUUAACAUCAGAAGACGAACCUACUAGGUCUUUGAGUGGACUGAUAUUGAAAAACAAUGUAAAGACGUACUUCCACAAAUUUGUACCAGAGGUCAUAAAUUUCGUAAAGCAAGAAUGUCUGUCAGCUGUCGGAGAUCCAUCACCGCUGAUUCGUGCGACCGUCGGUAUUUUGAUCACUACUGUCGCAUCAAGAGGUGAAUUGACGACUUGGCCAGAAUUGUUGCCAGCGUUGUGUCAAAUGUUGGACUCGCAAGAUUACAACGUUUGUGAGGGUGCGUUUGGCGCUCUCCAGAAGAUUUGCGAGGAUUCGGCAGAGAUAUUAGAUUCGGAUGCUCUAAAUCGACCGUUGAACAUUCUGAUUCCAAAGUUCCUUCAAUUCUUUAGACAUUCAAGUCCCAAGAUCAGGUCCCACGCGAUAGCGUGUGUCAAUCAGUUCAUCAUUCAACGCACGCAAGCACUUAUGAUACAUAUAGACAGCUUUUUGGAGAAUCUCUUCCAUUUAGCUUCAGACGAUGAUUCUGAGGUCCGAAAAAACGUAUGCAGGGCACUGGUAAUGCUGCUCGAGGUACGGAUGGACAGAUUAAUACCACAUAUGCACAAUAUAAUAGAAUAUAUGCUAAUGAGAACUCAGGAUGUUGACGAGGGAGUGGCACUGGAGGCUUGUGAGUUUUGGUUGUCACUAGCGGAGCAACCAAUUUGCAAAGAGGCACUUGCACCACACCUGACACGAUUAGUACCUAUCUUGGUGAAAGGUAUGAAAUAUUCGGAAAUUGACAUAAUCCUCCUCAAAGGAGAUGUGGAGGAGGACGAAAUGAUUCCAGACAGGGAAGAGGACAUCCGACCACGUUUUCACAAAUCUAAGACACAUCACUCGCAUCACGCUAACGGUAUGGGCAAGCAGGCCAUUGUCGAUGAGAACGGGAUAAACGGCGGAUGUGACGAUGAGGAUAUAGACGUUGAGGACGGAUGCGAUGAUGAUUCAACUUUGAGCGAUUGGAACUUGAGGAAGUGCUCUGCCGCUGCGUUAGAUAUGUUGGCUAAUGUUUUUAGAGAAGAGCUUCUACCGGUUUUAGUACCGAUCUUGAAGGAGACUCUUUUCCAUCAGUCCUGGGAGAUCAAAGAAUCCGGUAUCUUGGCACUGGGAGCUAUCGCUGAAGGUUGUAUGAGCGGCAUGAUUCCACAUUUAUCGGAGCUCAUCCCUUAUCUAAUCGGUUGUCUGAGUGACAAAAAGGCUCUUGUACGUGCCAUAACUUGCUGGACGUUGAGCCGUUACGCGCACUGGGUUUGUGCACAACCUCACGAGACGCAUUUGAAACCUCUAAUGACGGAACUGCUCAAAAGAGUGCUUGACAGUAACAAACGUGUUCAAGAGGCGGCAUGUUCUGCCUUUGCGACUUUGGAGGAAGAAGCAUGUACCGAAUUGGUUCCUUAUCUUGGAUUUAUUCUCGAAACGCUCGUCUUCGCAUUCAGUAAAUAUCAGCAUAAGAAUCUUUUAAUUCUAUACGACGCCAUCGGUACUCUCGCUGAUUCUGUUGGUCAUCAUCUAAACAGACCAGAUUACAUCAAUCUUUUGAUGCCGCCUCUUAUUAAUAAGUGGAACGUAUUGAAGGAUGAAGAUAAAGAUCUAUUCCCAUUGCUGGAAUGUCUUUCUUCAGUAGCGACCGCAUUGCGCUCGGGUUUCUUACCGUAUUGCGAACCUGUAUACAGGCGAUGCGUAUCACUUGUGGAGCAAACGCUGAAUCAACAUAUAGCGAGCACGCAAAGUCCGGAGCAAUUUGAGGCACCCGAUAAAGACUUUAUGAUAGUUGCAUUAGACCUCCUCAGCGGAUUAGCGGAAGGACUGGACGGUCACAUGGAACGUCUAGUGUUGAACAGCAACGUUAUGCAGCUGUUGUAUCAGUGUAUGCAGGAUAGCAUGCCUGAAGUCAGACAGAGUAGCUUCGCUUUAUUAGGCGAUCUUACAAAAGCUUGCUUCCAGCACGUGCUCCCCUGCAUACCGGAGUUUAUGCCAAUACUUGGACAAAACUUGCAUCCGCAAUUCAUAUCAGUAUGUAACAACGCAACAUGGGCGAUCGGUGAAAUUUCGAUAAAACUCGGUCCUGACACAAGCGCGUACAUCCCAUUAAUUUUGGCACAGCUCAUCGAAAUCAUUAAUCGACCAGACACACCAAAAACAUUGUUAGAAAAUACGGCCAUAACGAUCGGUCGCCUAGGUUAUGUGUGUCCCCACGACGUCGCCCCCAUGUUACAGCAGUUUGUUCGACAGUGGUGCACUUCUUUGCGAAGCAUAAGAGAUAACGAAGAGAAGGAUUCUGCCUUCAGAGGCAUGUGUCAAAUGAUCACUGUCAAUCCAGCCGGUGUUGUUCCGGAUUUCAUUUUCUUUUGUGACGCCGUGGCGUCGUGGUCUGCGCCGAAAGAGGAUUUAAAGGAGAUGUUUCAGAAGAUAUUGUUUACUUUCAAAAAUCAAGUAGGUGAGGAGAAUUGGAAACGAUUCUCCGAUCAAUUUCCGCCGCAGCUGAAAGGCCGCUUAAUGCAGCAGGCCGAACGGGGUUGGGCGGGAAACAAGGGGCGUUUGGGACGGGUGGGUGAAACCACGGCCUCUUCUCAUCAACAUCGUUGUCGUUACCGUAUCAUCGUGCUUUGGCAGCCAAUAUGGGUGACAAAGAAGGGGAACAAAGAGAAAAAUGUUAAUGAGUCGAAGCUAAAAGGCAAGAACGACAAGAGAUAAGCAUUGGCCGAAAAAGUAAAAGCGUGGGUGGGCGGGGAUGGGACUUAUUUCGGGGCGGGAGGGAGGAAUUUUGUGGGGAUCACCGACUAGACAUUUUGAAAGGCGGAACGAGGUAUCGCGUAACAGCAAUCUGGUUUAAUACCUCGGAUGUACCAACGUACACGCUCUGUACGCUCCAUUAGCGUUUCUAUUAGCGCUACCGCGAUAACACUGAACAUGGAAGUGUUAUUUCAUUCUCGCGUAUGUCAAAACGUGACAAAUGCUGGCGCCAAUGGCCAACUCUGCCCCAGCUCUUUAAUAUAAUUAGAUAUAUAUAUUAUAUAUUAUUAUUGAGCAAACCAACUUGCAAGAACAGUUGGAACGUAAGAAUUUUUAGCAUAGAUCUCACGUUAUAGAGAUCGCGCGAAUACUGUGAUCGAAAAUUUGUACGUUAGAUAUUGAUCCUUUCUUCUUUUUUCCCUCCACUCCUUUUUUCCUUCGAGAGCGAGAGAGAGAGAGAGAGAGAGAGAGAGAGAGAGAGAGAGAGAGAGAGAGAGAGAGAGAGAGAGAGAGAGAGAGAGAGAGAGAAGAGAGAGAGAGAGAGAGAGCGCGCGAAAGAGAGAGCGCGCACGCAGAAGCGAGAGAUUAUUCGAAUGUGUUUAUAGAGUUUUAGAGACAAGGUAGAACUACUUAUUUGAUAAUAAAUAUGAUACAAGAUAGAGUACGUUAUUAGAAAUUUCAUAGUGUACAGAGGGUUUUUCGAGAAUAUAUAUUGUAUUUUUAUACGUUGAGAAGAAAACAAACAUACACAUGAAGUUGAUAACGCAGAAAGUGCCAUUCCGUCGUUUCGAACCAAAAUUUUUCUGCUUAUUUUAUUCUCUCCCUUGCUGAUUGUGAUAUUAGGUUAUACGCGACAAUUUUUGUCAUCAUGUGUAAAACAUAUUUCAAAUAUAUGCGUGCAUAUACAUAUAUAUACAUAUGUAUAGUAUGCAUCCUUUUAUAUGUAUACGUACGUAUAUCAACAUGAUACGAUGUUUUAAC